AUGGCAACCACGACCGAGGUUGAAUUCCACACAUUUCUGCGUUCAACCGGUACCGCAAACUCAUGGCAUUCAAUAGUUAGCCAUGAUGAUCAGGCAGAUACCUCACGCUCGUUUGUCGAUUUGACCUCGCCGCCACUAGACGAAUCGGCGCCGCCGCGAAAUGUCACCACCGCGGCACCUGAAGGUGGUUACGGCUGGGCAGUCAUCACCAGCUGUGCAAUCAUGACAUUUUGGUUCAAUGGCCUUCUGGGGUCGUGGGGUGUUCUCCAGGUAGCGCUCUUACAGUCAAAACUCGUGACCACCUCAACGUCAACAGCGUCCUUCAUCGCGGGACUGGCUCUAGCAUGUAUCGUGGCAUUUAGUCUGUUCGGGGUCACCAUGGCUCGGCUGGUGGGCGCACGUACAACCGCGCUUGUGGGCGUAAUCUUCAUCGCCAUCGGAGAAUUCAGCUCGAGUUUCACGACGACGAAUCUCGGUGGCAUGUUCGGUUGCGCUGGCGCGAUAGUCGGACUCGGGGCUUGUCUCUGCUAUUCGGUUUCUAACAUUCUCCCAACCCAUUAUUUCGUGGCCAGGAUUGGCCUCGCUUCCGGCAUUGUCAAGCUCGGAGGCGGGAUAGGUGCUGCAAUCCUCUCCAUUGCGAUCGAUGCUAUGAUCAACGGCGUUGGGAUAGAGUGGACCCUGCGCAUACUGGGUCUAUGUAUCCUCGCCACGGGAAUUCCAGCUGCCUGCGUUAUCCGUGAGCGGGUCCCCAUCAGGCAAGCUCCAUUUCUCGACUUGUCGAUGUUUCGACACCUGUCAUUCACGGCCAUAUUUCUCGCCGGCGCAAUUGGAGUUUUCUGCAUGUUCGUGCCGCCGUACUGUCUCCCACUGGUGGCACAAUCUGUAGGCUUGAGUUCCACCACCGGUGCAUGGUUGGUCGCAGGCUUCAACGCGUGCACUGCGAUCGGCCGCUUCAUGUCUGGCUGGCUCAGUGACUACACGGGACCUGUGAACAUGUUCCUGCUGGCCAUGGUUCUCAAUGCGGUCAGCAUGCUUGCUAUUUGGCCUGUUUCCAACUCAUUUGCGCCGCUGCUGGUCUUUGCCCUGCUCAAUGGACUCGCAAAUGGUGCGUUCUUCACUCUCUACCCUGUAGUCGUGGCGAGUACUGCGACAGCUAUCGGCCGUGGUGACGUCACCGGUCAGGCGGUAGCGAUGGGGAUGGGCUCCACGGGCUGGACCGGUGGCUACCUCAUGGGUGUGCCUAUUGCCGGGUACCUACUUGAAGCCUCAGGCGUGGGCAAAGCUGUCGGUUCAGAUCCUGGUGCCCAUCAACCGACAUAUGGCACAUCUAUUGCUCCCUAUCGCCCAGCUAUCUUUUAUGCUGGGGGCGUAGCUCUUGCCUCCGCGGGAUUUGUCCUGGUCGCAAGGCUGAAGUUGGCUCAGGGUGGAAAGAAAAAAGUCUGA